AUGGCCAGCACGGCGGGAACCGAGUUCUUGGGCUCGAUGCAGGAGAUAUUCAAGGAGGCGCAGGACCAAGAGUUCACCUCGGUGGCGGAUUUCCGCAAGGUGAGCGGCGGCAUCCUCAAGUUUCUCGGGGCCUGUGCAAAGAUGACGGGCGCCAGAGCCCGCGCCAGCUGUCCGAUUUGCCUGCCAGACGGUCGCCAUGUCAAGACGCACGUGGCACUGCCUCCGACGGCCCUACGUCUGAGCAGGGCGACGAUCGGGAGGCUGCGAGAGGCCCCCUCUCCCAAUGAGUUUUGCGGAAUUCUGCUCGCGCAAAUACACGAGCAGCUGCAUGCCAAGCGAUCGGACGGGGGCAUGGCAAGGAAGCACGCCACAGCGCCGCCGGUCUUUUCUCACAGACACGCCCGGAAGAAGAGGAGGGCGUCGAGGUCUUCGCCCGAGUCGACGCCAAACCCGCCGUCGGCGAAGAAACCACGCCGACACCAUGGCAGACUAGACUGUGGGAAUCACGACCGCGAGACUGUAGUGCGGGAGAAGGGGGCAGCAAGUGACGGCGAGGGGGGUGUCGCGCCGGUCUUGAAGCAGGGCUCUACGUCCCAGUCCCAGGGGGCAAAAGAGGUUCGCGCCAAACAGAGGCCCGACGCCGUCGCGGCCAGGACGGCGAAGGCGAGACAUUCACUCCCCGCAGGACCGCCGAUGCAAACACCAUGUGCUCCCGCCAAGGCCUCCGCUGACCUGGCCACCGCGGAACGGGCUGCCAGACGGGAUCAGAGUCCCGCCACACCAACCAGGCCGUCCAAGAUCCUUGUGCUGAAGAGGAACCGGGCUCUUGCAGAGCGCCCGGUGAUGCAGCUGCACCACCAGCAGCGGCAGGACGCUCUACCCGCAACGAUUUCGCAAGAUGACGACUCCUACUCCGAUACCUCCAGCGACGACAGGGAAACAGUGUCCGACGUGUCCGACGUGUCCGACGUAUCAGUGCUCCCCAUGGAGACUGACCGCCCACAAGACGUGAUCCAGGAGACCACGACGCAGACGGGGCUGGGAUUCAAGCCAAGCGAGCGAGACACGCGACGAGCAGGCGCGAAGCCCCGCCGGUCAGCGGCAGCAGCUCAGUUCUUAAGAAAGGCGCCGCAUUUGAGUGACGGCAUUUCCUGCGUGAACCCGAGAAACUGGGACAAGUAUCUCCGCAGGAUCCAGGCCUACGCCGACUCGGAGGGGAUCCGGGGCGCAGAUUUCAAGCAGCGACUCAUGAAGCUCGUCGGGAUGAUAUACCUGCCCGAGGAGCUGGAUGCCAUCGCGGCAAAUGAAUAG